AAAUUAAAGCCUCAAGUCCUCAUUCCUCGAAACGAUUUUGGCUAGCUUUUCUUUGUGCUCCCUCCACGGGCACAGAGAGGUCUUCAAAAGCUGAACAAGUGAACGAGAUUACGGCAACUGGACCAAGCAGCGGCUUCUCUUCUGUCACCACUCCCGGCGGCGGCAGAGGCGGCGACGUUGGCGAGAGGGAGGGAGAGAGAAGCAAGCGACGCAAUGAACAUCAAGAUGCACCUGGACUUCGGUAGUUCACGUCCAGAAGCAUAUGGUUAACACCCAACCAGCAGUAUUGUUGGGAUUUGGGUUUUCAAAGUGCAGACUGCCCUGCUUCCGUGACCCUGCUGGAUUCACUCUUCUCACUUCGAAGGUAACAAGCAUUCCUCAUCUCAGGUGCUCACACAAUCGAAGUCAAAAGCCACUACCUAGUUCCUGUGCCAUUGAGAAGAAAAUGGUUAAAAAGCCAGGAAGGAAAGAGCACCACUUAUGGAAGAAAAGAGAUUCAUCACAAUCAGGACAGAAGGCACUCAAUCUUAUCCGAACCGUGUCUGAGAUUCCUAAUGAGAAAGAGGCUGUUUAUGGAGCAUUAGACAAAUGGACUGCUUGGGAGACAGAGUUCCCAUUGAUUGCAGCAGCUAAGGCCUUACGAAUUCUAAGAACGAGGAGUCAGUGGAUUCGUGUAAUUCAGGUGGCUAAAUGGAUGUUGAGCAGAGGUCAAGGAGCAACAAUGGGGACAUAUGACACCCUUCUACUGGCUUUUGACAUGGAUCAGAGGGUGGAUGAGGCUGAAUCAUUGUGGAAUAUGAUUUUGAAUGCACAUACACGGUCUGUGUCAAGACGAUUGUUUUCAAGGAUGAUUGCCUUGUAUGAUCAUCACAACAUGCCAGAUAACAUAAUUGAGGUAUUUGCUGACAUGGAGGAGUUGGGUGUGAAACCAGAUGAAGAUACUGUCCGGAGAAUUGCGCGUGCCUUUCGGAAGCUAGGUCAAGAGGAGAAGCAGAAGAUGUUUCUUAAAAAAUAUCAGUGCAAAUGGAAAUACGUCCGCUUCAAUGGUGAACGAGCCAGGGUGAGAAUAGAUUCAUAGGAUAACUAAAAUUGGUUCAGAUGAAUGAAGUGGUUGUCAAGAAUAGCAGCAUCCAGAGCACAAAUUCUAACACGAAUUCCAACACACUGACUGCCUUGGCAAACAUUUUGAUCUCGGAGUUCUUUGCAAACUGACAUGGGUUGCCUUCCUUUCAGUAGGCUUUUUCCUGGCCUAUGGUGGGGGCUUAUUUAGGGAUUUAGUGUAAUUACAACAAAGAUGGAUGGUGGGGUAAAACGAGGGCUUUGUUUCCAUUGAUAUCUACCCUCAUUGUGGUGGUGUUUGGGGGCUGUUGCCGUGAUCUCGCCGUGGUGCUUCUAAUGAUGGUGAUCGCCUUCACCCCUUCUUUUUAUAUUUAUGUUUGUGUAUAUUUUUGGGCAAAUAAAAUUUGGUUGGUUCAAUGUCCACUUGACUUGCUUUUGUAUCUUAAUGAGACUUACGAAUUGAUUUGGAUACCAGUAUUGUCAAUGAUUUAUGGAAGCUAGGUUGAAUCA